GCUAUCCUACUUAUCUCUCAAUUCUUUCUUCCUCUCCAUUGGAAGCGAACAAUAAUCGGAAGAACAGUCUGACCUAUAGAAAUUUUAAGUUAAGGAACAAAGAACCUAGCAACAUCAACAUGCAUCUUUGAUUUCAAACAGGAACAAUUUUAGUGGGUAAUUAGCUUCUUCCCCACGUUGGCCACUCUCAACAGGGGCGAAGAUGUCCAGUUACGUGGGUGUUCUGGUUUCCGAUCCAUGGCUUCAAAGCCAGUUCACUCAGGUCGAACUUCGCGGCCUCAAAUCCAAAUUUCUUUCAACGAGGAAUCCAUCGGGUCAAGUUACAGUUCGAGAUUUGCCGCCUGUAAUGGCAAAGCUUAAGGCACUCCAUGAAAUGUUAUCCGAGGAGGAAAUUGCCGGGAUAUUGGGUGAAUCAUAUUCUGAUAUGUCCAGCGAGAUCGAUUUCGAAGCCUUCCUUCGAGCGUACUUGGAUUUGCAAGCCAAAGCUCAUGCCAAAGAGGGGGUUUCGAAGACCUCAUCGUCAUUUCUCAAGGCCACCACAACUACCCUUCUUCACACCAUUAGCGAAUCGGAGAAGGCGUCUUACGUUGCCCACAUCAAUAGCUACCUUGCAGAAGAUAAAUUCCUGAAGGAAUACCUUCCUAUAGACCCGGCUACAAAUAGUCUGUUUGAUCUUGCUAAAGAUGGAGUUCUUCUCUGUAAGCUGAUCAAUGUGGCGGUUCCUGGAACAAUUGAUGAACGUGCUAUAAACACCAAACGGGUACUAAAUCCCUGGGAAAGAAAUGAAAAUCAUACCCUAUGCCUCAAUUCUGCAAAGGCUAUUGGCUGCACUGUGGUCAACAUUGGAACACAAGAUUUGGUUGAAGGAAGACCCCAUCUCGUAGUUGGUUUGAUUUCCCAGAUUAUAAAGAUCCAACUCUUAGCAGACCUUAAUCUUAAGAAGACACCUCAGCUUGUGGAGUUGAUUGAUGACAGUAAGGAUAUAGAGGAGCUCAUGGGUUUACCCCCGGAAAAAAUAUUACUGCGAUGGAUGAAUUUCCAACUGAAGAAAGCAGGCUAUAAGAAAACUAUUACAAAUUUCUCUACAGAUGUAAAGGAUGGAGAGGCUUAUGCUUGCCUGCUUAAUGUUCUUGCCCCAGAACAUGGUACCCCUUCCACAUUAGGUACAAAAGAUCCUACUGAAAGGGCAAACCUUAUACUUGAACAUGCAGAGAGAAUGAAUUGUAAGAGAUACCUAACUCCAAAAGACAUUGUUGAUGGCUCACCAAAUCUGAAUCUUGCAUUUGUAGCACAAAUAUUUCAACAAAGGAAUGGUCUGACCAUGGACAGCGAAAAGAUGCAUUUAACAGAAAUGGUGCCAGAUGAUGUUCAAGUAUCCAGAGAAGAGAAAUGCUUCCGACUGUGGAUCAACAGUCUUGGAAUUGCUACAUAUGUCAAUAAUUUGUUUGAGGAUGUCAGAACUGGAUGGGUUAUUUUGGAAGUACUUGACAAAGUGUCUCCUGGGUCAGUUAACUGGAAGCAGGCCACAAAGCCUCCCAUUAAGAUGCCAUUUAGAAAAGUAGAAAAUUGCAACCAAGUAGUAAGGAUUGGGAAAGAGUUGAAUUUUUCCCUAGUCAAUGUAGCUGGAAAUGAUAUUGUACAAGGAAAUAAGAAGCUAAUACUUGCUUUUUUAUGGCAGUUGAUGAGAUUCAAUAUCCUCCAACUCCUCAAAAACUUGAAAAUCCACUCCCAAGGAAAGGAGAUAACAGAUGCAGAUAUUCUAAAUUGGGCAAAUGCAAAGGUGAAGAGCAGUGGUAGAAGUUCACAGAUGGAAAGCUUCAAGGAUAAGAACCUUUCAAAUGGAAAAUUCUUCCUUGAGCUUCUUAGUGCUGUAGAGCCAAGGGUUGUCAACUGGAAGCUUGUUACAAAGGGUGAAAGUGAUGAGGACAAGAAGAUGAAUGCAACAUAUAUAAUCACUGUUGCACGAAAGCUUGGGUGUUCCAUUUUCUUGUUGCCUGAGGAUAUCAUGGAGGUAAACCAGAAGAUGAUCCUCACUCUAACAGCGGGCAUAAUGUACUGGAGCCUGCAGAACGCACAGUCAUCUCAAUCUGUUGAAGAUGGAAAUGAUGGAGCAGGUGAAGCCAUGGAAAAUGGAGCCUCAGACACAGCUACAGCUGAAAAUGAGGAAUAAUGACCCACGAAAAUGAGAAAGAGUCGCUGUAUAUCCGUCGACCGUCUCCCUUUUAUUUGGAGAAAAGAUGUAGUCCUGCUUUUUUUCUCUUCUGUGUAAUUAGAAUUUUGUCAUUGUCCAAGUGUAUUCUUUGGUCAGUCAUGGUGAAUAAAUGUGGGAACAAGUAGCUCAUGCAGCCUUUCUUUGUGUUGUUGGUGGUGGUAUGAUGUAAGCAAGGCGAGGCUUAAGGCAAGCCAACCAGUCUAUAUAAUAAUUAAACUAUUCUUUGAA